AUGAGCGGAAAGGGGACGAGCUCGCGCGGUCGAUCAAGUAGCAGCAAUGCGCGUCCAUCCGAUAUGGCAGGUCCAUCCAGCCAUCGCUUCGCAGAGCGUAGGCAGGAACGUAUGCGAGGAGCAGGAACAGCAGUUGCUAUGCAGAGAGACUUUGCAUUCAAGUUACCUCCCAAGAGAUCCGGUCCAUCUGCUGCAGUGACAGCGUCAACAUCCAGACAAGCAGAUGCAUCGAUUUCGGUCGACUCGACAGGUGCAACACGCAAACGAGGUCGACCACGAGGUUCAGGGCCUCGUCAGAGAGAGAGGGCGGCAGCAGAAACAGCGGCAGCAACAGCAGCAGCGGCAGCAGCAGAAGAGUCCUUCGACAGUCCCGCAGGUUAUGGCGCUUACUCACUGCCCAUUGACGAGAACAUCGAUCCAGCACUUCUGUCUCAGCAUUUGGAUGCAUCGAGUAGUAUCGGUGUAGCAAGGCGGGUCGCUCGGCCAGAUGCCGGUCCAAUGGCGAGUACACCCGCGGCGUCACGGAUCAUUCAGAAGCAACUACGCGUAUCGUCUUCCACCCUCAGAGCUCCUUCUAGUGCCGGACAAGGUUAUGCAGAUGGUCGGGAUGAGGACUUUGGAAGUCAGAUUGGUGAUGUGGAUGACAACUCCCGCGAUGAUUCUAACUCGAGCGGAGGAGCAGGUGUUGGCAUGAUGGAUGCUUCGCCAGGCUGGAACGACAACUACGGGCAGAUGGACGAGUCUUUGCCAAUGAUUCCGAGUCCUGUUGCGUCGUCUUCUCAUGUCGAUGCUUCGGUUCGUCGUAUGCGUCCGAGCAUAGGAGGCACCAGUGUUUCUCGACUGAGCAUAGCGGGCAGCACCCACGGCGAUUCACCAGCAGCACGUGCAGCACAGCGAAACCUGCAAUCACGGCAACAACGUCGACAAGGCAGUCCUGGCUCAGAGACACAGAAGCGACGGGGUCGACCGCCCAAAGCAGCUGGUGCGCAGCCAUCGAGACGUCGCGCACUUAUGCAAGAGCCUUCCGAAUACGACGAGACAGUCAUGGAUCAGACCAUGGUCGAGCGUCAACGUGGCACCGCACCCUCCAACUCGGGCCCAACACGCGGCAAAGAUCUGCAAAGGCGACUCAAACGAGCUCUUACUCUCGUCUUCUCCGCCGACUCCGCUGCCGCUGACGAGGAAGAGGGCGAUGACUCAACACGACCAUCCAAAAGACGCAAGUCGGCGAAAUACCUCAACGAUGUCGACAUCAUCUGGUCCAUCGUCGAUGAAGAACUUCGUUCUGCGAUCGAGGAGCAACCUGCCAAAGCGCCUUUCCUCGCACUCAAAGCAUUACGAAAGUCGGUCAGAGCCAACUUUCUGAACCUCAGCGAGAAGACAGAUACUCGAACAACGCUCAUUUCGCAACUGGUAAGGGCGAGGAAGCAGAAGAGGCUACUGAGGAAAGACGUGUUUGCAAAGAGAAGUGAGUUGGCAAAGUCAACAGUCGAGUGCAAAGAGAGGGAAAAAGAGGUGGAGGGUUGGAAGAAGGAGGUCAAGGAUGUGAGGAAGGUGAAUGCCUUCUUGCUUAACCUGCGCGAGAUCGCUGCUGCUUGGACCUGA